AUGCGUCGUGAUGUCCUAGCGAUUGCAGUAGUAGCCGGCCUUGCCUAUGCAAAUGACCCGGCCCCGGUGUCAUUUGAUGCCGGAGAGUGGCUUGGAAUUGAUGGCAACUGGUCAACCAUCAAAGUCUUACUGGGUUCAAACUCGGAUCUCGUCAAUGUUCUCUUGAGCACGUCACUUUCCGAAUUUUGGGCCGUUGGACCCGGAGGCUGUCUAAAAAGUACGUCUCCAUCUCGACUUGAUCGGGUCCCUCCAUUAGUCGCAAGACAUCUCCCCGGAUCAGGCCAUCAACGUCCUUCCGUCAACCAAGGAACUGACUCGAGCCUCAUAGAGGAACCGCAUUGCACCGCUGCUCGCGGUGGCAUUUACACUCCGUUUACAUCUAAACACUGGUCGUCUAUGGGAAUUUGGCAACUUGGCUUGGACUACUUGGGUUACGGGGGAAACGGCCAAUAUGGAUUGGACACAGUCAACGCAUACAGCACAAUUACCGACAUUGGAUUCGGCAUGUCCAACGUCCUCAUGUCCGCCAUCAACACCACAGACUAUUAUUUGGGUUUCUUUGGCCUCGGCAUCACACAAGGCAAUUUUGGUCACGAAGUUGCUCAAUCACCUUUAACACAAGCCGUCCACACCUUUGGAUGGAUUCCCAGUUAUAGCUAUGGCUAUACCGCGGGUGCCUCCUACCGGAAUAUGCCUGUAUCGAUUACCUUGGGCGGCUAUGACACAGCUAGAUACGUGCCACACAGCAUCGACUUCACCUUGACUCCGCAGGAUAACAUGCCUCGAGCCUUAAUUAGAGGCAUAGAAGCAACUGCGAAUAACAGCGCCGCUAAGCCCAAGAAGUGGGCGUCCGAAAUAGCAAGCCUUUCUGGAUGGAAUGACUCGUUUACGGCCCUGAUUGAUAGCACUACUCCAUACUUGUGGCUACCCACUGCGGUCUGUGAUGAGUUUGCAAAUGCCUUCAACUUAACGUAUAACAAGACAUUUGAUUUAUACACCCUUACGAAUGAACAGUACAACAGCUAUGGCUCGUCCGAUUCUUUCAACUUUGUCUUUAGCUUUUCGAGCUUUGACAACCACGACAAUUUUGGAUCUCCUCUGGAUGUUCCAGGCCUGGUGAACAUCACUGUGCCAAUGCGAGCCUUCGUCAGCCUAUUACAAUACCCUUUUAUGCACCGGACCAUCAAAUAUGGAGAUCCGGCUGUUCCGUAUUUUGCGCUGCGGAGGUCUGAAAAUGAUUCCGCAGUCAUCAUCGGCCGAUCUUUUUUGCAGGAAGCGUAUUUGAUAACAAAAUACGACGAGGCCGUUUUCUCGGUUCAUCAGGCCAAAUUUCCUCGGGAACCUAUAGCUGACGCAAAUCUGAUACCAAUCAAACAAUCAAAUAAUAGCCCUUAUCCGGGACCACCGAAACAGACAGGUAGCAGACUAAGCACGGGACAAAUGGUUGGCAUUGCCGUUGGAGUCAUUAUGCUAUGCUUGUUCUGUCUUGUCAGUGUAUGUUAUCUCUGCCGCCGAAGAAAAUCGCAGGAGAAGGGCGAAGAAGCAACAAGCAAGGAAACCAAAGACAGCGCAUCAACGAUAGUUCCCGACACGCCAAGGAUACCGAAGCCUGCCCUGUUUUACAAAUUUACGCGUCGUAAAAGGGCGCAAAGCGACAUGACCAACUCCACUACCACUGCUGUUCUCUCUCAUUGUAUGGAGGCUCCGGAUUCAGAAAUCUACGAACUUCCAGCCCCGAUGGCUCCUGUAGAACUUGAUGCUAGUGAUGGAGAAGACGACGGUUCAAUAAUCUGCGACACUAUUUCAGGCACAGACACCACAAGGAGUCUCAGCGCAUAUGAAGUAGCGAGGAGGAAGAUUGACCGACAACUUCAGGGGCCUGUUCCCGAAUACUCGCCGCCACAACUAGGAAUUGUGCUGCCCCAAGAAAAGCCAGCUUCACAUAAUACCAGCUCGGCGUAUGCGACCUGGAGUGUAGAAACAACUCCUGUCUCGCCAAUCAAAACUGGAUCGGGAACUGGCUCGCUUCCAGCAUCACUACCCUCACCAGUCUCUUCUGGGUCGGGAUAUAAUAGCCAUUCAGACAAUUUGGCGCAUCCAAUUGCUGCGGCUCAACUAUCAGAUGGUGGCUCGAGAGAUAUGGACGUGCAGAAUGACGAGGACAAUACGCAAUUGGAGACUGGUCAGGACCACAGUUCGUCUUCAAUGGCGUGCCAAAAGACUCCAAUUGACCCAACAAAUAUCGUCUGUUUGGGUAACCUCCCAGGCAAUCUCCAAUCGCUCAGACACAGCAUCAUGUUGGCACAUAUCGUGAGCCAAGAGAACCGCGACAGCAUCAGUAGUUUUACCCCUCGGUUCAAGGCCGAAUUCCAUCUUUCCGAGCAGAGUCUAGGGAGCAAUUAUACCGAUGAGGAGGAGCGAAUCAUGAGUGAAAUGACGCGGCAAGCUACCUUCUCCCUUGCCCGAUCAAAGACUGGGAAAGAGUCCUCGGUUGAUCCCGCAAGAGAGCACAGGAAAGACCACUCUUUCGAUACGGGGACAAAUAGACCCCAUUCCUCACGGGGAGAGGAACGAAUAGAUGGAAAUGACCUCAUACAUGUUCCACAGAUGGCAGCGAAGCGAUAUAGCUGGGAAGAUUGA